GUACUCGUAGACCCUUCGUAACAAGAUAUAUUGCAUAGUAAUCUAAGCUACACCUUGGGUAGGACGUACUUCUCGUGCAGCCUGAAAGUUGUCAUCAACCCUGACUGCUGAAAGCACGGUAUGCGCUGAGGUUUCCGCCGUCCACGUUUUACGAGCGAAUCCGAGUCGUCCGGCACAGGCAAUGGUCACCGUUACGAAGGCUCGCGCGAGCGGGCCGGUCAUCGUCAUGCUGCGUGUACGCAUGGGUACGUUCGUCUCGUGUUGCAUUGCUGGCUGUCAAUCCAUCCUCGUGUUGAACGCGGGCGCGGCUGUAGCGGUCUUCGUCACAGUGCGCACUGCCGGUCGCCGUGCGUGUCGCAUGCAUGGGCAGCUUGAGUGCUUGACUGCCGGUCGCGUCGCCAGCUGCUCAGAUCUGGUAACAUUGCGCUGCCUCGUCAUCAACUCGGUAGGGGGCUGUACGUGUCGAGUGACUUCAGGUUCGAGUACUACGCCCGAGUCUUUUCUCCUAAUCUCCUUGCUCUCAUCUUUCGGUGCCUUCGCAUCUCACGUCCUCAUUUCCCCAGGUCCGUCGUUUUCUGCGCAGUCUUGUCGCUUGACACUGGCACGCGUGUCACGGAAGUCCUGAGUCGCACGCUCGGGUUCUGUGUCACCGAGGUCAGGAUAAAAAGUGUAAAAAGUAGAGGAGAGGGCUGUCUGACAGAGAGUAUCAAGAGCCAAAGAGGACGACGGAAGACAGGAGCGCGGUCUUGUUGCGGUCUUGUAGUCGUUUGAGCGCUGUCACAUCACAAUCCGUAGCUGGAGUCA